AACGGGUCCCACGUUCCAACUGCUGAUACCUUGAGGACGCUUGUCGCCGAGGAGAGCCGUUGUUGGCUAUUUCGGCUUCUUAGAUUUCUUUUCCGUCCAUUCUCCCUGCUCUUCUUCUUUCCUUCCCUUUUGUUUCCUUUCUAUAUUUCUAGAUCCAACCACCAUCACCUUUCCAAUUGGUGCUUGUUGUGAGAGCUGGUGCUCAUAUGAACCUUUCCUCUGUACGCCGCCACUACUAUAUACUCUACCCCUCACAAUCGGAAGCAAUGGCGUUGAACGCACGAACUGCUAGCCGGGCUCUACGAGCUGUCAAGCCCUCCGCAGUGCGCCCGCUUUCUUCAGUUCAAGCAUGCAGCUACUCUUCCUCCUCCGAGCCGAGUCUCAAGGACACCUUCAAGAAGGUUCUCCCCGCAAAGCGUGAGCUUUUGAAAAAGGUCAAGGCGCAUGCCGAUAAAGAAAUUGGUGUCGUCAAGGUGGAGAACACCCUGGGCGGAAUGAGAGGCUUGAAGGCCAUGGUCUGGGAAGGCUCAGUUCUCGAUGCCAACGAGGGUAUCCGUUUCCAUGGCAAGACUAUCAAGGACUGCCAGAAAGAGCUCCCUAAGGGCACUUCCGGCACUGAGAUGCUUCCAGAAGCCAUGUUCUGGCUUUUGUUGACUGGGGAGGUUCCCACUGUCGGACAGACCCGAGCUCUGUCUCGCGAGUUGGCCGAGAAGGCUAGCAUUCCUAAGUUCGUCGAAAAGAUGCUCGACGACUUCCCCAAGGACCUCCACCCCAUGACGCAGUUUGCAUGCGCCGUGUCCGCCCUCAACUACGAGUCCAAGUUUGCAAAGGCUUACGAGAAGGGAUUGAACAAGGCCGACUACUGGGAGCCGACAUUCGAUGACUCGAUCAGCUUGCUGGCUAAGUUGCCCACUAUUGCAGCCAAGAUUUACCAGAACGCCUACCGUGGCGGAGGUGCUCUCCCCAACGAAGUCGAUUUGAACCAGGACUGGGCAUACAACUUCGCUGCUAUGCUUGGAAAGUCUGGAAAGGAGAACGAGGGUUUCCAGGACCUUCUCCGUCUCUACCUAGCUCUGCACGGUGACCACGAGGGAGGUAAUGUCUCCGCCCAUGCCACUCACUUGGUCGGCAGCGCCUUGAGCGAUCCCUUCUUGAGUUACAGCGCUGGUCUUCAGGGUCUUGCUGGUCCUCUCCACGGAUUGGCUGCCCAGGAGGUGCUUCGCUUCAUUCUUGAUAUGCAGAAGUCGGUUGGUACCAAGUUCACAGAGUCCGAUGUCACCGACUUCCUCUGGGGCGUCCUCAAGUCUGGACGUGUCAUCCCAGGAUACGGCCACGCUGUGCUCAGGAAGCCUGAUCCUCGAUUCGAGGCCUUGAUGGACUUUGCCGAUGCCCGUCCAGACAUCGCCAGCAACCCUGUCUACCAACUCGUGAAGAAGAACUCAGAGGUCGCACCAGGCGUGUUGACCGAGCACGGAAAGACUAAGAACCCCUUCCCCAACGUUGACUCCUCCUCUGGCGUUCUCUUCCACCACUACGGAUUCCACGAGACGCUCUAUUACACUGCCACAUUCGGUGUCAGCCGUGGUCUUGGACCCCUCGCUCAGCUCAUCUGGGACAGGGCUUUGGGUCUUCCCAUUGAGCGCCCCAAGAGCAUCAACCUCGCUGGUCUUCUGAAGCAGGUUGGCGCAUGAACGAUAAUGAACUAGUAAUUCACGAGUGCAACGAAGAAUUGAAGAAUGCUGAGAGCGACCACACUGUCCGGAAAUACCACUUGUCGAGUGUUGGUUCAAUUCUUUUCCUUGUUUCCUAAAAGAUUUGACGAAUAAAAAUGUGAUAAAGAUCCCCAUAUUCUCCACAAUUAGUAUGGCAACUGCAUUUGUUCGUGUGGUGGAUUUCUCCAUCGGUGAUGUAAUAGUG